AUGAGCUAUAAUACAAAACUUAUAUCUGGUUUUUACUACCAACAGUUUCCUAUAACAGGAAAAGGUGUCAUACAAGGUCUAUCUGUUCCAUUGACUUUAAGUACACCUAUUUUAUAUAUUGUUUCAAACUUAGGUUCAAAGUGCUAUUCGAAUGUCGACAGAAACUACUAUGACCAAAAGAUACUCAUGCGUAUAAACAACACAUUCUCUGCUGGUUUGCCUAUUGUUCAUUCGAAUGCAGAGUUUUCAGCUUUAGUAAACUCAAACACUUUAGCAAACAUAAACUUAACCUUAGUCGACGCAAACUUUGUUCCUGUAAAACUUUUAUGUCCUAUGUAUUUGUCAAUGACGGCAGAAAGUUUCGAAUUGGAAGAUGCAACUGGUGAAAGUAUUGUACUACAAGAACAACUUCAACAACAAAUAGCUCAAGAACAACAAAUGCAACAAAUGCAACAAAUGGAACAAAUGCAACAACAAAGUCAAGAAUAA